GGUGGUGGUGGUGGUGGUGGUGGUGGUGGUGGUGGUGGUGGUGGUGGUAUUGUUCACAGCAACAUGCGAUGCAUUCAAAACAAACCUGCGUACUUUGCAAAGACCCUACAUAGGUCUAUGAAGGGUCUUGGCACGGAUGACAAGUCGUUGAGUCGGGUUAUAGUCACCCGCUGUGAAAUCGAUAUGGUGCAAAUCAAGACGGCCUUUGAGGCUGAAUACGAAAGGAGUCUUGCCGAAUGGAUAAAGGUGAGUUCCUGA